UCCUCAGUCUCUAGUUGAAUCCCAUUCGGCAAACAACUCUUUCUAGAGUUUCAAAAUUUUACAAAAUUUUCGGAAUUUUUAACUAAAAGAAAACCAAUAAAACAUGUCGAGUAACAGAUCUAUCGGACCCGGACCUGGCGCCUAUAACCUGCCCAGUACCUUUGGCUAUCAGAACUGCGACAAACGGGUGCAGCGAAGCCCGCAGUUCUCCUUCGGGACAUCCUCGAGGUCCUGCAAUAGUACGAGAAAAGUCGAUGGACCAGGACCAGCUGCCUAUCAUCCGGGCAAGGUCACGCGUUUUGGACGGCCUUCAGCCGAACAGUACUCUAUAUACCGUCGUUAAUUGGUUAAAAUAAAUUGUCUAGUAUAUACUUUCUAA